ACGGCACCAGCAUAACUUCUACCUUUUUUAUUACUUUUCUUUUUUGUUAUUACAGAUUUAACUGAUCGAUCAGGGGAACAUCCACUGCAAUCAUGGGAGGCUACCUUGUGCUCACUUUGUUUGUUUUUCUUGUUGAUGGUCUGGUUGCUGACACAUCUGGAUUGAACUUGCUGUCAGUGAUGGAGGGACACAAUGUGACUCUAAGCACAGGAGUAACCAAACAACAACGUGACAAGAUGCUGUGGUAUUUCAACAAUACUCUGAUAGCUCUGAUCAAUGGAGAUCCCAGUAAGAGUUGUCUGUAUUAUGGUGAAGGAGGGAUAUUCAGAGACAUACUGGAUGUGGACUAUGAGACUGGAUCUCUGAUCAUCACAGAUAUCACAUCUCAACACGCUGGACGUUAUGAAGCAAAUUUCAUCCAAAGCAAGAGCACGGGAACCAGCCAAAGCUUGAAUCGAAACAGCAAGUGUGACGGCACAAAAAUCACCAGAAAAAUGAGCAACAUCGGCGAAGCCAUAAAAACUUUAAGUGUGUCUGUCACUGCCUUUCUCUCUAGUACUGACAAACCCAACAAAGUAUCAUACAAUGGGGACAAGGAACAAGAGCAUGAAAGCAGUCUGUCUUUAGGUCUUAUAGCUGGAAUAUGUGUUGGUGUGUUGCUGCUGGCUACAGCUGCUAUUCUUGGUGUGAUUAACUAUCGUUGCAGGAGAUCUAGCAAGGAAAACAUUGAUAAAAACAAGUCUGAGCAGCUGCUGAAAGUCCCAUUGUGAGUUUUUGUAAGAUCUGAUGUCAUUGACCAAAACAACAACAGCAGCCGCAGCAGCCACGCCCAUCAAAGCAGUGACGACCAAUCGGAUCACAGCUUCAACUGUAUCACAACACUGGACACAGACUUCUGGGGGUGUAAAAAAAAGAAGUAAUGAUAGUGCUGUCAUUUUUAACAAGAUGGUUUAUUCUCUGUCACAAUCUUAAAAUUGUAUUAAAAAACCAUUAAUAUCAUGGCUUGUUUACCUGCACGUGCCUGACAGAAUUCAGUGAAGUUGAGCUGUUCAUAUUCUGAUGAAGAUGAAGAUGAUGAUGAAGACAGAGAGUUACUGCUGAUGGCACGGACAGGCAGACGAGCUGAACAUGACAUAAAUAUUCGCAAAAAAGGUCAAUAUGACACUGGUUCAAAAGUUUGCCACUGAAGGCAAUUUCAGUAAACACACAGGAUUGGAAACAUUUUGAAACAGUUAUGAAAUAAUUAAGCCUCAUUUACUAAAAUCACUUGACUGCUGGUGUGAUGUGUACUCUACGAAAAAUAAGUUUAUUCAAGUGUGCUAUUAGUAUACUU